AUGGCUUCUGCCCCUGAUACUACAUCAAUCCCGGGAUACACGAUUUUCCGGGAGGGAGACUAUGACAGUGUCGCUGCGACUGCCAUGCUCCCGCAGGGAGUUCCCCACCCGCUAGACCAGCUUUCCAUUCGGGAAAUUCCAGAUGCUGCCAAGAUUAUUCGCGAUCAUGCUAGCCCCAAGACCGUCAAGUUCAACUGCCUCACUCUGCGAGAGCCUCGCAAGGCCGAGUACCAGGCCUUCCGCGCAGGCAAGAUCGCCGCUCCCGAUCGCCGGGCUUUCGCCAUCAUUAUUGAGCGCGAGACACAACAAGUUGCUGAGGUGGUCGUCAACCUCAAAACCAAGAAGGUUGAGGAGUGGAAGGCUGUGAAGAAUGUUAUGCCCACCCUUACUCUGGAGGACCUGGAUGUCAUGGAGCGCAUUGCCCGCAAAGACACCAGUGUCAUUCGCGCCUGCAAGGAAAUCGGUAUCACCGACAUGAACAAGGUUUUCUUCGAUGCGUGGGCCAUUGGUAUUGAUGAGCGCUGGGGCUAUGAGCGCCGUCUUCAGCAGGGUCUGGCCUACUACCGUGCCUCUGAGUUCGACAACCAGUACGCUCACCCUCUGGAUUUCUCCGUGGUUGCCGAUACCGAGACCGAGGAAGUGCUGAGCGUUGAUGUUCGCACCGUGAAUGGGGAGCGCACUCCUGUGCCCCUAGAGGAGCACAACUACCUGCCUGAAUUCAUUGGCGAUGGAUACAUCCACGACCGACUCAAGCCCAUCGACAUCACCCAGCCUCAGGGUGUUUCCUUCAAGGUCCGUGGCAACGAGCUGUCUUGGGCCAACUACAAGAUGCACAUCGGUUUCAACUACCGUGAGGGUAUCGUGAUUUCUGACGUCCGCUCUCACGACAUGUACGAGGACCGUGAGCGCACUCUCUUCAACCGUAUCUCCGUCGUCGAGAUGGUUGUCCCCUACGGCUGCCCCGAGAAACCUCACCAUAAGAAGCACGCUUUCGAUGUCGGCGAGUACGGAACUGGUCUCAUGACCAACUCUCUCAAGCUGGGUUGUGACUGCAAGGGUGCUAUUCACUACAUGGACGGUGUUAUGUCCACCUCCAACGGCGAGGCUGCCGUCAUCAAGAACGCCAUCUGCAUCCAUGAGGAGGACAAUGGCCUCCUGUACAAGCACACCGACUAUCGUGACGGCACCGUGAUUUCGGCUCGUGACCGAAAGCUCAUCAUCUCGCAGAUCAUCACUGCUGCCAACUACGAAUAUGGCUUCUACCAUACCUUCACCCUCGAUGGCACCUACAAGCUUGAGAUGAAGCUGACUGGUAUGCUGAACACCUACUCCCUGCACGAAUCUGAGCAGGCCGCCCCCUAUGGCACCCAAGUUGCCCCCCAAAUCACUGCCCACAACCACCAGCACAUUUUCUCCCUCCGUAUCGACCCCGAGAUCGACGGAACCAACAACACCGUUGUGCAGAACGACGCCGUCUCCUCAGAUCACGCUGUUGGCUCCCCCGAGAACCCCUACGGUAAUGCCUUCCUCAGCAAGAAGACCCCUCUCCGCACAUCCCUUGAGGGCGCUGCCGACUACUGCUACGAGACCCAGCGCUCGUGGGAUAUCAUCAACCCCAACCGCUUGAACACCAUUGCCAAGAAGCCCGUCGGCUACAAGAUCCUCAACAAUAACUGCCCUCCCCUCCUCGCCAAGCCCGGCAGCACCGUGUACAAUCGCGCCGCCUUCGCUCGCAAGCCCCUCUGGGUCACCCCUUACAAGGACUACGAACUCUUCCCUGCUGGUGACUACGUGUGCCAGUCAACCGGAGAGGAGAACCACCCCCACAACUCCACCAUCCUGGACUGGGCCAAACGGAAUGAGAACAUUGAGAACACCGAUAUCGUCUGCUAUCUGCAGUUCGGCCUCACCCACUUCCCGCGCACUGAGGACUUCCCCAUCAUGCCUGCGGAGCCCGUCAGCAUCAUGCUGCGCGCUUCAAACUUUUACGAGAAGAACCCCGGCCUCUGGGUGCCGCCUUCGGCCAUCUGUGUCGAUACCCAGUCGACGAAUGCAUUUUCCUCGUCUUGCUGCGCCGCUAAUGCUCCGGCCAGCUCGUCGAGACUGUAA